CAUUGUUUUGAAUAAUUCUUAGCAGUUUUGGUAAAAUUUCGGCUACUUUUUCGUAUUUUGAAACAGUUUUAUCGAAUUAUAGUAACGAAAACUUGAUCAUCCAUCAAGUUUAACUUCUCCAAAUGAUGGACCAUAAUGACCCGGAGUCGGCUGAUUCGUGCAGCCUCACGGAAGAGGAAGUGGAACCAAAGCUGAAAUACGUACGGCUUUCGAACGAUCUGAAAAACAUCCUUUGCGAGGAAGCUGUUAGCUGUAUAGCCGUUCACUCGAAGUUUCUUUGCCUGGGAACGCACUGGGGACGGAUUCACAUGCUGGAUCAUCAGGGCAACCGAGUCGAUACCCCGAUCAAUAUGGGCCAGAAUCCACACACCCUGUCGGUGAACAAGAUUUCGGUGGACAGCAAAGGUGAGCACAUAGCGACCUGUUCCGACGACGGGAUGGUCAUCAUCAGCGGAUUGUGUACGGACGAGAACAACCAAAAGCUAAAACUAGACAAGGUGAUCAAGGCGGUCGAGCUGGAUCCGAUGCACCACAAGUCCGGAUUGGGUCGACGGUUUCUAAUAGGUGACAACAAGUUGGUGCUGUAUGAGAAAACUUUUCUAAAAGGAUUGAAAUCGACGAUAUUAAGCGACUCGGAAGGACCAGUUAGCGCAAUUAAAUGGAAUGGGCAAUUCAUUGCGUGGGCAAGUUCGUUGGGAGUGCACGUCUACGAUUUGAACGAGCGAUGCUCGUUAGGACUAAUCAAAUGGGAGGAACCCAAAGCGGGCAGACUGACAGAUUUCCGCUGCAAUCUAAACUGGUCCAAUCAAACGACUCUGCUCAUCGGAUGGGUGGACACCAUUCGGAUAUGUGUGAUUAGGAAACGAAAUCCCAUAGAGGUUUCGACUCGCAAUCUCCCAGCCUACAUCGUAGAUCCCAUGUCAACAUUCCAAACCGAAUUCUACGUUUGUGGCGUUGCGCCGCUCGAAACCCAUCAAUUGGUAGUAUUAGGGUACUCCAAGGAGCGCGACUCGGAGACGAACAAAGCACUACGACCGAUUCUGUGUGUGCUGCAGUAUAAAGCUAGUGACUACAUCGAAAUCUGCACUGACAGUCUCUCGAUGAGGGGGCACCAGGAAUAUAAGUGUGAUGAUUAUCAUCUGGAUUGUCUGAUUGAAGAAAACCAGUAUUUUAUAGUGUCGCCGAAAGAUGUUGUAGUGGCUAGUUUAUAUGAAACGGAUGAUCGCGUGCAGUGGCUGAUAGAACACGGGAAGUUCGAACAAGCCAUGGAGGUGAUUGCGAAAAAUGGCGGCAAGUACUCGUUGGUCACGGUCGCUCGGCUGUACCUGGACCAUCUACUGUCGUUGCAACAGUUCGACGAAGCGGCCAAAUUAUGUCUGCGUGCCUUCCAGAACGACAAACAGCUGUGGGAGGAAGAGGUGUACAAAUUCGUCAAAGUGAAACAGCUCCGUUCGGUCAGUAACUACAUUCCACGGUCGGCUGAGUGCAAGCUGAAUCCGCACGUGUACGAAAUGGUUCUGUAUGAGUACCUUCAGCUGGAUCCUGAAGGGUUUCUGCAUCUGGUCAAAGAGUGGCAACCGGGACUGUACAACACUAAGGCGGUGAUCAAUGCAAUCAACGAUCAUUUUAACAAAAAGGACGCAAAUAUACUGCUGGAAGCUCUUGCUAUACUGUAUUCUCACGAUAAGGAGUACGACAAAGCGUUAACGAUGUAUUUAAAACUGCAACACAAGGACGUAUUCGAGCUAAUUAAAAACCACAACCUCUACUCGGUCAUCAAGGACACGAUAGUGCAAUUAAUCGAAUUAGAUAGUGAUAAAGCAAUCGCCAUGCUGAUGGAGAAGGACAAGAUUCCCGCGGAAGAUGUGGUCAAGGAGUUGGAAAGUCGCGAAGACUACCUGUAUCGAUAUUUGGAUGCGUACGAUAAGACGGACAACUCCGGAAAAUUCCACUGGAAACUAGUCACCCUCUACGCAAAGUACGAUCCCAGCAAAUUGCUCACGUUUCUCAAACGAUCGAACAACUACCCCAUACAGGAAGCGUUCGACAUCUGUAAGCAGAAGCUGUUCUAUCCGGAGAUGGUUUACUUGUUGGGGAGGAUGGGUAAUACGAGGGAAGCACUAUCGAUCAUCAUUCACAAACUGAAGGAUAUUCAGAUGGCGAUAGAUUUCUGCAAAGAGCACGACGAUAUGGAUCUGUGGAAAGAUCUGAUCAACGAAUCCGUCGAUAAUCCAUGCAUAAUGACCAAGCUGCUGGAUGGCAUUGCUGGGUUUAUCAAUCCUGAAAUACUGGUGAAUAAAAUUAAGAAGGGCCAGGAAAUUCCCGGGUUGAAAAAUUCCAUCAUAAAAAUGUUGUGCGGGUUCAGUCUUCAGGUUUCAAUACAGGACGGUUGUAAUCAGAUUUUGGUUACUGACUACUUCAACAUGCACGAACGAUUGGCCAAAGUGCAACAGGGAGCGCUUCCGGUUACUGGGGACAAUACGUGCGGUUUAUGUCGAAGGGAUAUCAUCGUCAAAGAUCCACCACGAACCGAAACCGAUGUAGUAGUGUUCAACUGUCGGCAUUAUUUCCACGAGAAUUGUUUGCCCGAUAAAUACAAUACGGACCAUUGCACAGUAUGUAAAUCGCGCAAACCACUGUUCUACUCGAGAGUUUUUGUGUUUCACUUCUCACGCCUCCAAUCUGUACCAUCUUUUAUAAAUUUUGCGGUGACCGAAAUUAAUUACCGAACACAUGAAAACCGCAACCCAUACGUGAUCGUUUUACUUGACCAUGUGCUUUUGUUAUCUCGCCGGUUGAGUAUAGCACCGAUUCUCAUCAUGACCCAGCAAGGACCCGCCUUUGACUCCAACUGCAUGACGCUGACGCGUUUCGUGCUACAGGAGCAGAAGAAGUACAAACAAGCCACCGGAGAUUUGUCGCAACUGCUCAACUGCAUCCAGACCGCCAUCAAAGCCAUCAGCUCUGCUGUCCGUAAGGCCGGUAUCGCUAAACUCCAAGGAAUCUCUGGGGAUACCAACGUUCAGGGCGAACAGGUCAAAAAGCUAGAUGUGCUGUCCAACGAAAUUUUCAUCAACAUGCUGAAGUCUUCGUACUCGACGUGCCUGUUGGUUUCGGAGGAGAACGACAACGUCAUCGAAAUCGAGACGGAAAAGCGAGGCAAAUAUGUGGUUUCGUUCGACCCUCUGGAUGGUUCCAGCAACAUCGAUUGUCUGGUUUCGAUUGGUUCCAUUUUCGGAAUAACGAGACAAGCUAACGAAGCAACGGAACCAUCUGUCGCGGAUGCACUCCAGCCUGGCAAUAAGAUGGUAGCCGCCGGCUAUGCGCUGUACGGUUCGGCAACAAUGAUUGUUCUCAGUCUGGGAGAAGGCGUUCAUGGUUUCAUGUACGAUCCAUCAAUCGGAGAGUUCGUCCUAACAGACUACAACAUGCGCAUUCCGGAGCGGGGUAACAUCUACUCCAUCAACGAAGGAUAUGCCUCGGCGUGGGACCCAUCCGUGUACAACUACGUGCAGGACAAGAAGGACCCCGCCAAGGGAAAACCAUACGGAGCGCGUUACGUUGGCAGCAUGGUGGCCGAUGUGCACCGAACAAUCAAAUACGGAGGAAUCUUCAUCUACCCGGCAACGGCCGCCGCCAAGAAUGGAAAGCUGCGACUGCUGUACGAGUGCAACCCAAUGGCUUACAUCGUCACGAAAGCCGGAGGAAAGGCCAGUGCCGGUAAGGAUAAGGAAAUCCUAGACGUAGUGCCAACCUCGAUCCACCAGCGCUGUCCCAUCUAUCUGGGCUCGAAAUUAGACGUCGAAGAAGCUCUUAGUUAUAUUAAGUGAGUCUACUGUGUUCAGUGUUUUACUGUGCCUGUUGCUGUUAUGAACGAGAUUGGUUUGUCCUUUGUAUAUGUUGGAAAAGGUGAAAAUAAAUAAUGAGAUAUUCAAGUAAAUUUUCAUUACCUUUAAA